AUGAGUAAAGAUCAUUCCACUGCAAAACGUCGUAACGCGACAAUGGCAUGUGAUUUUUGCAGAGUACAAAAAAAGCGAGGGCCGCGUUCACGUCGUCGAUUAUUACUUAAUUCACUUUUUGAUGAAAAUAUUACAAUUUCCGAGGCUACAAUUGAUGAAUUGUGUCCACAAACGGACCAUUUUUGUAUUCGUGGUUGCAUCGUACGGUGA